AUGAAUGAUCUAUAUUCCAACAUUAAUGACACAAUUUACAAACUGAAUCCAGAAGUUGAAAAGUACGGCACCCAAGUCAAAGACUUCCACCCCACAAUAGUUCGCGAUUACUAUUGCGAACCUCCAUGCGACUAUAGUUUCCAAAGCAUUUGCGCCAUUCCAGAGUACUCAAGGUUCUCACAAGAGGAACUGCGCCUGAUUGACUAUAGAAAUUUCGCUCUCAGAAGAAAUACUUCUUUAUUCGAACGCGCGGAGGAUUGUUCUAAAAUUUCAUCUUUUUCUACUGGUAUUAUCGAUAAUAAUAAUAAUAAUAAUAAUAAUAAUAAUAAUAAUAAAGAAAGACAAUCAAGCCAAAGCCAAAGCCAAAGCCAAAGUCAAGGUCAAAGUCAAAUCCAAAGUCAAAACCAGAGCCAGAGCCAGAGCCUAAGCCAGAGCCAGAGCAAUAGAUUGAAUGCCAAGGGAUACUACACUUUGCCAUCACUUGACAGUCUUAGACAACUGCUACUCCUACCGCAGCCACAUGGUACCACGGUGAUAAGCAGAUUUAGGAUUGUAAGACCUGGUUUUGGCGAGGUAGUUUAUGAUCAGAUUGACUUGGGUGAAUUUGAACCGGAGGAUCUGGAACGUAUUGCAGGGGAUCUAGUGGUCAUAGAACCAAUGUAUUUGGCCGUUUGCCCGCGGCUAAAAAACACGCACACGCUACAAGGGCCAGUGACGGUGAUGCUCGAGAAUUGUUUUACGACUGAGAUCUAUAGUGACAUCGUCGUCAAGGAUCCUUUCCAUCCCACAUACCAAGAGUUUGUAAAUUAUCUCAAGGCUCGCAAACACACCAGAUUUAUUGACUACAUUGGUUGGAAUGGCCAAUGGAAAUUCAGAGUCAAUAUGAUUAGCCAACUAUAA